CUAAUUGAGGAAACGCUCAGGGUCACCUUCAUCACCGACUGAGGACAGACUGAACUGAACAAGGAGAAAAGAGAGAAAACUGAGGAACCAGACGCUGGAACACAGACUGCUGCUGGAGGAAACACAAGGAACUCAAAGUGAAACUUCACUCAGAGACAAAAUGGCUUCCAGGUUAGAGGAGGAUCUCUGCUGUUCGGUCUGUCAGGACGUCUUUAAGGAUCCGGUUGUUCUGUCAUGUAGCCACAGCUUCUGUAAGGAGUGUCUGAAGAACUGGUGGAAAGAGAAACCAUCAAGAGAGUGUCCAGUUUGUAAGAGGAGAUCUUCUAAAGAUCUUCCACCUAUAAAUCUGGUUCUGAAGAAUCUGUGUGAGUCUUUCUUACAGCAGAGAGAGCUGAGAGCUUCAGUUCAUCUCUGCUCUCUGCUCUCUGAGAAACUCAAACUCUUCUGUCUGGACCAUCAGCAGCCAGGGUAUCUCACCUGCAGAGUUUCAGAAAAACACACCAAUCACAGAUUCAGACCCAUCAAUGAAGUUGUUCAGCAACACAAGAAGAACCUUCAGGAAACUCUGGAGACUUUAAAGAAGAAGCUGGAGCUCAGGAAGAAAGUUCAGAAGGAGUUUGAUCAGACAGCAGAACACCUGAAGGUCCAGGCCCGACACACAGAGAGGCAGAUUAUGGAGCAGUUUAAGCAGCUUCAUCGGUUUCUAGCAGAGGAAGAGGAGGCCAGGCUGGCUGCACUGAGGGAGGAAGAGGAGCAGAAGAGAGGGAUGAUGAAGGAGAAGAUGGAGGCUCUGAGCAGAGAGAUAGCAGCUCUUUCAGACACAGUCAGAGCCACAGAGGAGGAGCUGAGAGCUGAAGACGUCUCAUUCCUGCACAACUACAAGGCUGCAGUGGAAAGAGUCCAGCGCUGCCCCCUGCUGGAGGAUCCACAGCUGCCCUCAGGAGCUCUGAUAGACCAGGCCAAACAUCUGGGCAACCUGGCCUUCAACAUCUGGAGCAACAUGGAGAACAUGGUGACCUACACUCAUCUGGUUCUGGACCCAAACACGGCUGGUCCAGGACUCCAUCUGUCUGAAGAUCUGACCAGUUUGACUUAUGGAGAUUAUCAGCAGCUUCCUGAUAAUCCAGAGAGAUUUGAUUUACUGUGGGCUUCUCUGAGUUCUGAGGGUUUUAACUCAGGGAACCACAGCUGGGAUGUUGAUGUUGGAGACAGUGAAGCCUGGGAACUUGGUGUGAUAGAAGAGUCUGUUAAGAGGAAGGGAGGCAUAAAGUCUGGAUUGUUCUACAUAUGGUUCUCUUCAGAUAUAUACUCAGCAUGUUCUCCAUCAGCUCCUUUCACUCGUCUCUCAGUCCAGAAGAAUCUCCAGAGGAUCAGAGUGAAUCUGGACUGGGACAGAGGAAAGCUGUCCUUCUCUGAUCUGGAUACUAACACACACAUACACACCUUCACACACACCUUCACUGACAAGAUGUUUCCAUACUUCUGCACUCUUAAUACAUUAAAGAUUCUACCGAUGAAGAUCUCAGUGAUCAAACAGCAGCUCUGAUGAUCUCAGCAUAAAGAACAAAAAGUCCAAAUGAAACAUUAUUGAUCAGAUGAUUGAUUGGUUUUAUGAUUGAUAGUUUGAUGAAUUUCUUAAUAUCAUUUUUAAAAUCUGUUUUUAAUCAGGAAACUGGAGAUGAUCUGAUCAUCUGGGGACUUUUUCAUUUUUUCUGUCUUUUCCACUGUAAUGUUUUGAACGUUGUUUAUUAUUUACAACAACUUGAUGUAAAUAAAUUAU